AUGCACGGACUCGUUACUCCCGAGCCGUUCUCGGAGGAGAUCAUGGAAAAGGCGAGAAAAAUGAGAGAAACGCUGCCAUUACCAUCUUGUUUUGAUACACCAUUUUUCCUCGCACGGUUCCUACGAGCUCAUGGAGGAGAUGAGGAGAUAGCUAGAAAAAGGGUGGAAGAAUAUCUCAGUCACAGGGAAGUACUUGGUUACGCAAAUAGCAGCGAUAAGGAGAUUCUCACUGAGUUCCCAAUCGGAAAAGAAACUUUUGAGCGAUUCUGUAUCUCACUCAUGAACCGGAAUCUCGUUUCUGGAGACGUUCAUGUUUCCGUUCAGAAGAUGGAAGGAUGCGAUCUGAAAGAGAUAAUGAAGGUCAUUCCGUUAUCGUAUGUGCUGCAUUCGUACUUCAUGCAACACGAGGUGUUUGGCCGUUCAGUCGCCGAAACCGAGAAGAAAACUGGACGUCCUUCCUCUGUGGUCGCCAUUCUUGACAUGAAAGGUGUGAAUAUGAGCGAGUUCAUAAACCCACUCGGAACUCACGCACAGCUCUCUCGUCUCACUGUGAAAAUCUGGUCAGAAUACUUCUGUGAAAGUAUGUGCAAACUGGUAAUCGUCAACCCUCCUGCUAUCAUGUCGUUAAUGUUCAAAAUCACGAAAUGUAUCAUGGAUCCCAAAACAUUCAGCCGUUUAUCCAUUCUCGAUAAUGUCGCCGACUUGAAGAAAUUUCUCGAGCCUCAUGCAAUUCCUGUUGAGUACGGUGGUACAAUGCGAGAUGAUUCCGGUUUCGCAGAUCCUCCGGAAGGAUGUACCCGCCCCCUCAAACCCGUCCUACCUUCUGAAUAUAGAGGGGCCGAUGAUGUUUGGAGCGACUACGGGCUCACGAAGCCACCCAGCAAAACUUUCACAAUGAAAAGCCAUCAGUCUUGUGAGCUUGUUAGGUGA